ACUUUUACCUUUAACGGGAGAUUAAUCCCCCUGUAGAGCGCUGUACAUUUCACAGGUACAAAUGUACAGGUAUACAGAGUUCGUGACCGGUAUAGGAAGCUAUGUCAGGCGAGAUCGCCAGUAUAACCUUAACCAGGAGUGUACUGUGAUGGAUACUGACACACUAAAAAUGACGGGAUAUUUCGACGGUUUCAGAGUACCGUGUGAGUCGAUCUUUUAACAGGGUUUUACAUGCGAUUAUCAAUAUGUAACUAUCUGGGUCGUAUUAAUCGCCCCACCCCCUCCAUAUUCAAUGGGGUCUUGGGGCUGUUAACGGACCGACGAAACUGUCUCGGCAUGUGAAAUUGUUUUAAUAGUUAAAUAUUUUAAGCAUUUUGGAUUUAAAACAAAUACAUUCAUUCAAGAUGUCCGUUUCUACGACCUUAGAUUCGUCUCAUGCUAAUUCGGACCCUAACGGGACAAACGGGGGCUCCAGUACGCUUCUUGUCCUGCAACUGAAACCCAUUGCUACCUUCAAAUCUAAUGACGAAUACCUGUAUGCGAUGAAGGAGGAUUUGGCCGACUGGUUUGCAUGCCUUUAUAAGUUUACCAUAACAGUGGACAACUUCUUUGAAGUUUUGGAAACAGGUGUUAUGUUAUGUGAACAUGCAAAUAAAGUUCGCAGGUAUGCGACAGAGCGUACACAGAAAGGUAUUCUAACAGAAAUGCAUUCUAACUUUAUUCGUGAUCUCAAAGUUCCCCAGUAUGAGGUGCAAUAUCGUGUCGACGUACGUCCUCAAACCUUCCAAGCAAGGGACAACAUAUCACAAUUUAUAGCGUGGACCAAGAAGUUAGGAAUUCCAGAUGUUUUGUGCUUUGAAACCGAUGAUUUGGUUUUAAGGAAAAAUGAGAAAAGUGUCGUGUUGUGUCUUUUGGAAAUAGCUCGAGUUGGAGCGAAGUUAGGGAUGUUAGCCCCAACACUUGUACAAAUGGAAGAGGAAAUUGAUGAGGAACUCGCAACAGGAGAACCUCCAAAGCAAAUAAAAACAUGUGAUAUAAAAUCUCUCCAUGAAAUGGUGCAGGAAUUGGCUGGAAGAUGUACCUGUCCUGUUCAAUUCCCGAUUAUCAAGGUCGGAGAAGGCAAAUACAAAAUCGGGGACUCACAGACUCUUGUUUUUGUGCGGAUUCUGCGGAACCACGUGAUGAUCCGUGUGGGCGGGGGCUGGGACACACUAGAACACUACCUAGACAAGCACGACCCAUGUCGCUGUGGCUUCGCAGGUCACCGACAGCCCGUGUCCCGGGUAGGAGGAACCCCGGCGCGAAGGUCAAGCACAAGUGCUGUCUCACAAUCCGUCCCAACGACCCCAAGAUCUCCCCGCAAAAUGUCUGUCCAACCGUCCGCAGUCUCAGUCAACCAGAGGCCACCGUCUCCAGCACGAAUGCGAAGUAUGUCUCCUUCCCCGGCGUCGAGUCCCAGGAAAAUCGCUUCACAAUCAACCAAGAAAAUGACCAGUGAAUCUAUUUCUAGCUGUAGUACAUCGGACCCAUCAACUGGACAGAAAUCUAUAACUAAUAAUACGAGACGAAGCCAGUCACCAGUUCCGGCUAAAUUCCGUUCACCGUCUCCGGUUUCGUAUACAAAUAAGCUCUCACAGGUAACAACAACAACAACAGCUGGAAGUCGAUCCCAGGUGCCACAGGUAGUAAGACCUGCCUCACCCAUCAAAUCAGCAGUGCCCGUCCCACGGAGAUGCAAGUCCCCCUCCCCGACCAGACGAUGCGUUUCCCCGGGGCCCUCUCGUCACUGUGUCUCUCCGGGACCCAGCAGGAGGAAAUCUAGUCUAUCUACCCCCAGAGUCUCCAGACUAGACGACCGUCGACAGUUACCAUCACGACCAAGUAUGGAUUCUUCUGGUAACGAUAGUGAGGAAACGGAUGUGACGUCAGGAUCCACGCCAAAUCAAAACAACCUUAGUUUGGACCAAAUAAGUACUAUGACAUUGGACGAGUUUAAGAGUCUCUUAAAUAAUGCAUUGUCUGUUCCGAACGGCAACACUUCGGAAGGAAGUCUAGAUUCACCGAGGUCGCAAAGCAGUACGGAAAGUUUUAAACACACACACACUGGAUAUCCGAAUAAAAAGCUUCCACUUAUGGAGGCAACACAAAAGUAUAGAACAUGGGGAAACAAGAACACUUCUAGAAGUUUCGAUACAGGAAGUAGUGCUAGCAAACACGAUAAGAUACUCAAAUCCACCCAGUCUUCUGACGAUUACUAUGAACUCGAUAGACCAUCAAGGAAAACGUCAAUCGCGCGACCAAAAACACCAGUGAAUACUGUGCCUAGGCCUAAAACACCUGUUAAUUCUGUCACUCGACCAAAGACACCAGUUAGUGCCAGUUCGGUGUCACGACCCAAGACACCUACAAGUCAGUUCCGGUCCACAACACCAGUGACUGUUUCGAGAUCCGCAACCGGAAGUGUACCUCGACCUUCGCCAGGGGUCACACGACAGACAAGUGGGCCAUCCGGAACUAGUCGUCCAAAAACACCAACGCGAUUUCAAAACAGUGGAAACGAAACAAACAAUAGUUCAAAGGGGAAUUUUACAAGGAAUUCAUUCGAAACUAAAACGGAACAGCAUUCGAGAUCACUGAACCGAACGUUUGGGGAGCAAACACGAAAUGAAAUGCGUUCAAAUUCUUUGAGUAGGAUUACGAGCGACAGGCAAAGUGAUAAUGAUAUAAAGGUAUCUGAUACUAGGACAUUGUCAACUUCUAAAAGUGAUUUGUCAUCCGAUACGACGAGUUCUAGAAGUGAAAGGAUCGCUGAAAUUCGUGCUCGUCUUGCCGCGAGUCGCUAUGGAACUGGUUCAGAAAGCGUUUCCGCUUCAGCUACAGCGCACAAUACUAGCUCUUCAAGUACACCUUAUCGGAAGGAUAAUUUUAAUUCGACAGCACAUGUCUCCCCGAAACCGGAACAGACAUCACCAAAUGUGAGUUAUGUGUCCAUUACAAGCGAAGUUGCUGCGGAAACUGAAUCUAAUCAAGGUUCAUUUUCAAAAACUUACCAAGCUCUGCGACAAUUGAAUUCAGGAAGUAGCGAUACAAAACAUAUUACAAAUUCCGGAAGUGACGUUUCGUUAAGUGUUUUGUCAGACGGCAGUAAAAGUUCCUCUGUAGAACGUAGUUACGGAGCAUCCCGUCAAAGUUCUUUAUCGAGUGUAGACUCUUCACCAAAGGACGAAUUCCAUUUGGUAUCGAAAGACAAAAUCAAUAGAACACAAAGUCUCGAUGAUAAUAUCAUCAAAACAGCAAACGCGUCACAAUCAUCUACCGUAGAUGAAAUUCCCGUCGUACCUGUUAUGCAUUCUCCCGAAGAAAGACUAGCACGACCAUCCACACCGGCUCGCCCCUCCACCCCCUCCCUAAUUCCGCGACCGUGCACGCCGUUAUCCAGUUUGAAGGAUUCCAUUCAUAAUUUGGAAAAGCAACCAGCGUAUUCCGGUCAGAAUCAAAGUUCCCAAGCAAGCAGUGGAAAACCGCCCACGCCAAGAAAAGCUACUAUCUUAGCUAAGGCUCCAUCGGCAUCAAGCGCAUCCAAGACCUCGAAUACAAGCAAUAGUUCUUCAUAUACUAAAAUGUUUCUAGCAAAACGUUCCUCCACUCCUGGACCUGCUACAAUGAAUGCCGCUGUAAUUACACCCCGUAGGUCAAGAACUCCGGGCCCCGAGGACAGAGACAGGGGUUUAAGUAUGCCUUCCCAGAAGUCUGUCACAGAGAGCGUUAGCAACGUGUACGGUAGUCGCACGGUAGAUUCAACAAGGGCUCGUAAUGUUUCAGAUAGCCCUGCCUCGCAACGCAGGUCGCGCACACCCAGCAUAGAACACAGAUCUCUAAGUGCACAAAAUUCGACGGAGGGAGAAACUGUUCUAACGGUAAAUAGGUCAGGUGGAAGACAUGUCUUGUCAGUAAGCGAUACAAAGGAAACAAAGACACCUCGUCCUAGUGGAUGCCGUAUUAUUGCGAGAGCGUCAACGGCAUCUCAAAACCAGAAACCAACAUCCGAUGUGGAUAGGUCAAGGUCACGGGCACGAAACGUGAUGGCAACGUCAUCUCUUCGAACGAGACCGCGAAGUGUCGACCCAGAAUCUGCUGCCUCGAAGAAGCUAGAGGAAAACGUGCUAGUUGUCCAACGCGGCGAGAAUGGUACACAUUUUGUGAAUAAUCGAACUGAGGCUUGGGUAGAAUCAGCUGCUAAAAAUACAAAGGCAAAAACUCCGACCAAAUCCUUUCCCCCGAAGUCUGUGCACAGACGCUGCAAAACCCCUAACCCCAGGGAUAUUCACGAGCACGAGCUAGAAUCGCGCCCUUUGGCGGAGAUCAAGGCAGCACUGUCUCUCCCAAUCAAUGGUCUAAAAGAAGUCGACCUCGAUGGCCUUGAUGCACCACCAGAGGACGCUGACGCGUACGCUAAGAUGGACGAAUUAUUCAGAAGACUGAAAGCGAAGGAGCUUCGAGAUUCCGUAAACGAAACUCCUGGUGGCAAUGGUGAACUGAUAACUAAAUUUAGUAGUGAACAGGAUGACUCAGACGUUGCUAGUGGCGAUGUGGGGUCUCUAGACAGCAACGAAAAUGUGAAACGGAAAAAUUCCAAGUCGUCCUUCAAAAGCUCGCCUUCUACAAGCAACCGGGGCUCUACAGCCUCAACUCCUUCUCGACCAAAGACUCCAUCAUUUCCAACAAAAGAGCGUGGAACACCACAACAGUUCACGCGGGCAAACUCAAUGCCACCCCGGCCUAGUACUCCAACGCAGUCAUCCAUUUCACGGAAGUCAAGUUCAAACAGUGUGCAUUCUGCACCUGCACCGGAAACAAACAUGAAACGAAGUGUUUCGGAUCAUACAAGCAUGCUAGUGUCAAAGAUUAAAGAGCUAAUUAAUACAAAACCAAGAAAGGACGAAAAAUCCGGACCUAGAUCUAGAAUUCCGGCACCUAAGUCGCUAUCAGGGAUAGGAAAAUCUAAAUCUGUUUCUAAUUUACUGUCAUCUUCUAAUUUAGAAAACAUGUCUCCAAUUAAAGGAAUCUCUAACGGUGAUUUGUCACAGACGUAUGACUUUACUGAUGAUGUAUGUGGUGAAAUAUCAAAAUAUUCUUCUCGGGAUCAGUUGGAUUAUAACGGAUAUAACGAAACGAUCCGGAAUGGUUCAGAAACGCCGGUUCCAAAAUUAUCAACUCCUCUGACAACAGGAAGAAAAGAGUUUUUGAACAAUCAAAGGGAGAGCACUCGCACACCGAAACUCGUCCGUGCAGUUUCUAUAGGUAGUUUGUCUAGUUCGUCAAAUACCCUUUCUUGUAACGUAGGGGAUGAGGAUGAUUAUGUGUGAUGAUUAACACAGGAGUGAUAUUAUAUAUUUGAUGCCGAAUUGUUGGAUGUCUGCAAUUUCUGGUGUUGGCUGCGAUUUCGUUGCUUGUGUGUCUUUAUUUGUAGAACAAUACCAAGAUUUGGAGUUUAGUUCGUCAUUAACCACACCAUCUAACAUCUCUAUGUCGCUUAAUGUCAUAAUAUAAUGCGUGAAACAAAUCCAUUUAAUUUAAUGAAAGAUGAUCUUAUACACGAGUUUAUAAGUAGUAUGACGAGGGGGAGAGAAGUAGAACAUUCCAGACUGUUCAUUCCUUAUAUCAUUUAAAGUGUAUUUUUAAGUUCCACCACAUCUAUUACUUAAUCGAUACUAGAAAUAGAUUUUCCGGCAAUGAUUUUUUUUGUCGGAAUCAUCCGAUGUUCUACAAUAUCUUAUCCAUUCCUGUCACGGACAUCAGAACUUAAUGCUUUCACGUUACCGCUGUGUCACCCUGCUUAGGUCAGUUUGGUUUCCUAAUCCGCCAUCUUUGAUUACAACAUUAAUUUGGAAAUCUAGCCGGACACUUAUAAGCCUGUUAAAAUGUACCAUUACCACCGCUUUUAUAUGAAGUUCAAGUGAAAAAAAUGCUUUAACAAUGACCGUUUCCAACACUUCAAUGCACUGCCAUUAAUAUGACAUGGUGGAUACGAUUUUGCCAGUUCGUCAAGAUGGCCCUGAUUCCUGAGGUAGUAUCUGCGUAUCUUUUGAUCUGGUUUCCUUCGACAAAGAGUCCUCUCUGGCGCUUCCAUAUGUCAGUUUGAUUCCAUUUCCUAGCAAUUUUCUUCGUGAGUUUGUGGUUACUGUUGGUUAGUGAAAUAAUGCAUGAUUAAUACAGAGUAACGAUUCCGGCGAGAUAUCCUCGAAAGACUGGGAUAUCACUCAGUGUUUGGACUGAAGAUGAAUUUUUCCACGGUUCGGAUCUAGAGGUGUCGCUCGAAGUUCAAACUAUAAAAAGCGAAAUGUCGUCAAUGGUUCGGACUAAAGAGAUCUGGUUUGGACUAAAGAGAUCUGGUUCGGACUAAAGAGGUCUGGUUCGGACUAAAGAGAUCUGGUUCGGACUAAAGAGGUCUGAUUCGGACUAAAGAGGUCUGGUUCGGAAUAAAGAGGUCUGGUUCGGACUAAAGAGGUCUGGUUCGGAAUAAAGAGGUCUGGUUCGGACUAAAGAGGUCUGGUUCGGACUAAAGAGAUCUGGUUCGGACUAAAGAGAUCUGGUUCGGAAUAAAGAGGUCUGGUUCGGACUAAAGAGGUCUGGUACGGACUAAAGAGGUAUGGUUCGGACUAAAGAGGCCUGGUUCGGUAAAGUUUUUUUCGCAUUAUACGGAUAAUCAAAUUUACACCUGAAGCAGGGUUAAAAUUUUCAGUUACAUUUUCUUGCAUCUUUGGAACAACUUACUGAAUACUAUUCAAAAGAUAUAAACAAGCUAUAUUUCCAUAUCAUUCUUAUAAAAUGCAAUUUUUAUCUGUGAUAGUUUUAAUGAUGCUCAUUAUAAAAAGUGCUGAGAUACCAAACUGUAUUGCAAUAAAGAUGUGAUAAUUUUUUUUUUACAAAUUAUAACUAAUAGUCUAUAGGUUAUCAGCACUUACUAAGUCUGACCCCAAAAUACAAUUCUUCACCUACUCGUGUUUCCUUAAACAUAUCUCACUUGUCACUUUGAUCAGUAGUUUGUGUUCUAUAGAUUCAGAAAACCUUUUUAUCAUCAAACAUGCUUAGACAACAUUAGAUAACCAUAUACAAGUGAUGCCUCAAAUUUUGUUUUUAUUUUGGGAAACCAGUAUAUUGGGGCCCAGCACGUAAAAUAUUCACCGUCCUACGUCCGUUAACAAUUCACAUUUUCGAUUUUUAAAUUUUUUUUUUCAAAAAUACAUAAACCGAUUUGGACGAAAUUUUGCAGAAGUGUUCAAUUGAUUAUUAUUAUUAUUAUUAUUAUUAUUAUUAUUAUUAUUAUGACAUUCUUAAGGGCCCGUCAACACAUAAAUGGUCAUUAGAGCCAUCAACCGGUAAUCGUUCCAUCGAAAAUAUUUUCAGACUUGGUUAGAACUGUUAGUAAAGUAUAACAAUAUCAUACAGUGGCCGACUGAGCCGCCGCGGGAGUUAAUGAGCGGACCAAUUAAAGUUAUAUUGAAUGAAAUUACAGAAAUUUUCACACCAGUGGUCUCCUUCGUCGGGUAACGUAUAGUGUAGCUACAAUAGCACAAAAAGCUUCAGUUUUGAGAAAGAUUUCUUUUUUUUUUUUGCCGGUUGGAAAUAAUUCAAACUUGGUUAGAAUUAUAAACAUUGAAAGGUAGUUAAUAUUUUGUAUACUUUACGUUUAGUUUGCAAAGCAUCAGCAAUUUCGUUCAUGUUUACUUUGUUGUAUUGUAACAUUGACAAACAGCUUUGUACAACUCGGGUGACCAUAAAAGCCCGUAAGGCCCCUUGUUUUGCAUCUUAAAAUGAUGUUACAUUUUAAAAAAUUAUAAAAAGGAAACAAAACUUACUGGUUUCAUCGCUGUUGACAUUUGCCACCAAAAAAGUUCAAAGCCUUAGGAACUGAAUACAAAUUAUUAACACUUCGUCCAUACUUUGUCUUCAUGUUUCAUUUCAUUGGUUGUGUGCUGAAAUGUAAAAUAGUUUCAACAGCGAGCGAGAGCGAGGCAUUCUCAAUAGCUUGACACUGCUGUGAGGACCCAAGGAGCCCUCCAUAUUGUAAAUUUAUAUCAUCCCUAUCAGUUUGUAUCAGAUGUUUUUAAGCGAUAUAAUUAAAAAUAUGCAUUGAGCUAGGAGGCACUGUCUCUCGGAGCUACAGACUGAAACAUGGGGAACUAUAUUGUGCCAGUCCUCUCCUUCACCCAUUAUAUCCCUACCACUCAUUACUUUGCCGAUAUCUAUAGUAAUAUAAAUGUAUUGAAAAAUAAAAGUGUCUCAGUGUGCGAUAUAAUUUAUAAUUUCUUGUAUCCAUGUCAUGAAUAUUCAAAAGUUCUUAUGCAUUAUAUUUAAUAUAUCUUAAGUUAUAUUUGAAUGGCGCGUGGACGUAAGGACGCCUUUAAUCUAUAAUGCCUAUCUGUGAUUCCUAUAAUUAUUUAUUUUGUAAAUAUGAUAUGCAAACUGUAAACACUUUUUCAGGUGUCGACUUGUAGACAAUAAAGUGUUUACUAUAUCCUA